AUGACUAUCAUCAACCCAAGGACCGAGCACCUCGAGUUCAUGGGCACCCCAGGUGCGUUGACGAUCACGGUUGGGCUUAUUUUUGUUAUUCAAUUGCUUUAUUUUGGCUGCAACGCCGAGGGAUGUCCGUCAGCUUGGUCGGUUUCUGCCCUGCUGAGCCAGGCAAAGAACGCUACCUGGAUCUCGUGGCCAGCUGCCAAAGCGUAUUUUGCUUGGCUGGGCGCCCUGACGGUGCUGGACUUUGUUUUGCCGGGCAAAAAAGUGCAGGGAACCGUUUUACGUACCGGCGAGCGUCUCCAAUACCGGUUUAACGGCAAGGCGGUGAUGGUAGUGCUUUUUUCAACCCUGCUGUUCCGCACGUUCUCCACCAGAGGACAGCUGCCUGAGCUCGUAUUUGUGUACGAUCACCUACAUGAGAUUGCAAAUGUGACAAUUCUGCUGGCAUUGGCGUUCUCGACGGUUUUAUACCUAUGGAGUUUCGCUCCAAACAAGCUACUGGCGUUAGGUGGCAAUUCUGGGCAGCCGAUUUACGACUGGUUCAUUGGCCGCGAGCUCAACCCACGGAUCGGGCCGCUCGACAUCAAGCUGUUUUUGGAAAUGCGACCCGGUCUGCUGCUCUGGGCGGUCAUUGAUUUGGCAAUGGCCCACCACCAGUACCUCAAGUUUGGGUCGGUUUCCGAUUCAAUGAUCCUGGUGUGUGCCUUCCAGAUCUACUACGUUGUUGAGGGAACCUGCUACGAGGAGGGCCUUGUUUCGAUGAUGGACACCACCAUCGACGGCUUGGGGUUCAUGCUGGUCUUUGGCGACAUCAGCCUCGUCCCGUUCACCUACACUCUGCAGACGCGGUACCUGGCUGACCACCCUGUGUAUUUGGGCCUGUGGAAGUGUUUGGCGAUCCUGGCCGUCUACUUUGUCGGCAUUCUUAUUUUCCGCCUCUCCAACAACGAAAAGAACCGUUUCAAGGCCGGCGAUCCUUCCACUGCCCACCUCAAAUACAUCACCUCCGAGACCGGCUCGAAGCUGCUUGUUUCGGGGUGGUGGGGGACAGCACGCCACAUCAACUACACCGGCGACUGGAUCGCUUCCUGGGGACACUGUCUGCCAUGCGGCAGUGCCAUCAUUCCUUACUACUUUAUGGUGUAUUUUGCUGCGCUCCUCAUUCACCGCGAAACGCGCGACGAGGCCAAAUGUGCCGCCAAGUACAAAAAGACCUGGAUCGAGUACAAACAGAAAGUGCCGUAUCGACUUAUCCCCGGUAUUUAUUGA